AUGUGCGUGGGGAAAAGAAAAAUUUCGUACCAGGCCGCAGAAACGACGAACGACGCGACUCCUGCGGCUCUUCACCCGUCAGCGACGCCUACAGAGGUUCGCAGAGUAUCCGCGAAUGGAGCCUUCUUUUCGCAGGCUGCGACUCCGAUGGCUGCGACGCCGCGACAGCCGUCGCUGCCCCCGCAACCAGUGCCUGAAAACAAGCCCAGUGUCAGUGAAAACUGAGCGAAACUCUUUGAGAAUAUUAGAAUAUCUUUUUGACGACAUUUGGUGUCUCCAGGAAACGCGCGAAGUGGAUAACGAAAAGAAAUUCGACAACGAGACGAGAAACAAAAAAAGUAAAAAACAGAAACUACCGAGUAGUGAGUUCUUUUUUCAUUCAAAUUUCACUUCCUCUGUAAAGAAAUUUGUUUUAUAUCAGGAUGACGAGAGACAACACGAAAAAAAAGCAUAAUAAUUACAAUCCAUUUGCGACCACCCCGGAAAAUAUUUCAGUGCCUCGAUAGGAAAACAGAAACAGAAUGAGAGUUUCAGACUUGUCCCAAAAUAGCCGUGAAUGGGCUAUUAUGUGAUUUUUUUUGGAUAGUUCAUCAAUUAGUAACUGAAAACUAUGACUUCAAAAAAAAAUAUAAUUUAGAAUAGAGGAACCUAUUCAGACAAAAGUAUCGGCUCGUCCAUUCCGCCCCCGAAAAUAAGGUGUGUCUCUUCUUUUCCACUUUUCUUUUUGUCCUUGAAAUACAAGAAAGCUCAUUUUAAAGCUCGAAAAUACAAGAAAGCUCAUUUUAAAGCUCGAAAAUACAAGAAAGCUCAUUUUGAAAAAACCUGGCCUUCCUGAAAAUUUCAAAGUUUCAACCUUUGAAACUUGGGCGCACCGGAGGCCGUAUGCAAUAAAGUGGAAAAUGCGUUCGCCUUCCAUUUUCUUUGGCGAAACCAUUUUCCUACUCGAGGGUAGGUAAAUGGCAAGGAAAAUGGUUCGCCAAAUGAAGUUUUUAUCUAUUUUUUUCGAAUUUUUUGUGUUAUGGGCCUAGUUUUGGUUAGUUUUUGUUGUAUAUGUGAGCAGUAGACAUAUUAACUCAAAAAGUCAUAGAAAUUUUUUUUUUUGUAGCUUCCAAUGAAUAUUUGAGCCGACUUUUUAGAAUAAAUAGGUUGUGUAAUUUUGGUGGUACGAAAAAAAGACCAGAAAAAAUUCGAACGGUAAUUUUUCUGAUUUUUUCAUAUCGCUAGGGAACUUUCCGACAAAUCCUUCUCCUAUUUUUUUUUCUUGGUAAACUCUUCGUUUUGAAUCUUUCCAUAUAAAUUAGAUAGUUGAUUCAAGAUUAAACAUAAAUAAGUUGAAAAAAAUGUUAGUAGAUAUUUUAAAAAAACAAAAAAACAAAUAAUGGAAAAAAAUUCGAAAAGGGAUUUAUCCGAAACUUCUCCGUCGGAAAGUUCCCUAGCGAUAUGAAAAAAUCGGAACAACCGACGUUGGAAAAUUCGCUGGUUUUUCUAAAAAAUUAUAUUUCCUUACAUAGGCAAAGUCGGAAGAACCCUCCGAGGGUCCGUAAAGGUCCAUAGAAAUGUUUCUUUAGGGUGAUGAAUGCUCCCUUUUGCUGCCUUUUUGCGCCAUUUUAUCAGCCCAUAUGCACCCUUUUUGCUGCCUCUUCCUUUCUCCACCAUUUCUCGAGCCUUUAAAAUCCCAGAAAAAUGGAAGGCUCGAUAUAGUCUGUUCAGAUUUUGAAUGUCAAGCAGCUAACUCCACCCCCAAGGCUACAUAUCUUUCGCGUCAAUGUUUUAUCUACAUAUGCCAAUGGCCCUUUAAUAAGGCUGCUUUUUUGACCUCUUUUUCUAUCUUUUAGAAAAAGAUCAAAAUUAGUCCCGCGCGAUGAAACAUCGACGCGAAAAGGAACCGUCUCAGCAGGGGCGUAGUUAGCUUCUUGACAUUCAAAAUCUGAACAGACUAUAAAGGGACUCUCUUUGCUGCGUUUCGCUGUCUUUUUGCUGCCAUUUUGUUGCCUUUUUUUUGAGCCUCUCCCUUUUAGCUGCCAUUAUCCACCAUUCCGACUUUGCCCGAGUAGAUACGCAGGUGCCUACCCGCCCACCGUAACCCGGCUACAGUAAGAGGGAAUGGUUCAAAAAGUUGCGGCGGCAUUUUUGAUGACGAACUAUCACACUGAGUGAAGUUACAUCAUAAUCAGCAACAAUCAAGACGGAAUAAGAAAAUAAAAUCAAAGAACACCGAAAAAAAAAAACAAAAAAACUAUAGUUGUAUACACACUGCACCGAAAAGACGCCAUCAUUUUCUUGGUAAAAGAGAGCAUUUUCCAAGGCAAACGAUCGCUUUACCAUUUACCGCUUAUUGCAUACGAAAAUGACAUUCGCCGGCGAAUGCUUUUUCCUCGGCGAACGUUCGCCGGCGAAUGUUUAUUGCAUACGGCCUCGGGACUGGAAAAGAGCGUCUUUCUAACUCGAGAAAAAGCUAAGAUCAGUAUAUUCAUUUAAUAAAUCAAGAAUCAGAUUUCCUACAAAAAUUAAAGAAUUUUUAGUAUAUUUGUUUUCCUUUAGCUCGACAUUGCAGGAAAGCGCGACGGUCGCCGGAGGGCCUUAAAGAUGCAAAAGAUCCACAGUACGCGACGCUCGACGGCGACUACCCCUCUUUCGCCCUCGCUGCCAUCGAUAGGACACCGGUGCUUUUUGAACUUCGUAGUGUAUGGAAGACUGAAGAAAAUAGUGAGGGAAAAUAAGAAUUUGAACACGCAUGUGCAUGGAAAAGAAGCACACGGGCAAAGUCCAAAAGGUCUCAAAAACCACUUUUUUAAAAGGCCUCAACGGCACUUUUUUUUUCUAGACGUUUUCUGAGAAGGACCUUUAAAGGAGAUGUAAAAAAAAGAAGGCGGGAGAAGGUGGAAAAAAGAGAUUUCGAGAAACUUUUGACACCUUUUUAGGAACUCGAAAAGGAGCUUUAGGCUCUUAUUUUCAACGCCUUUUUGAGGUCGUUCGGACUUUGCCUGUGCAGCGAUGACGUAAACUAGUUAAAAGUAGGUAAAUUUGAAAUUUUUUUUCUCACUUACGAAAUUUACGAAUACGAAAAUGUUAAUUUGCAAAGAAAGUCGAAAAACUUUUUCAUUCUGUAAACAUUGAAAGUUCGUAUACAUGACCUCUAACUUUAAAAAAAGCUUCACCAUAUGAUUUACGAAGGACAAUCGAAAGCACAAUAAGGGAUGUUUUUUCUGGAAGGUAAAUUGAGAAAAGACGGAAAUUUUUCAGAAAUCAGUGAAAAAUAAAGCAGCGGUUACUCCUAAAGAGAAUGAGACACAACUGUCGGCGGUCAAAUCCAAGAACGAGGGAGGAAAUUUAGAACGGUCAGUGUCCCUAAUGAAUUUUGAAACAGAAGAAAAAAUGAGAGUCAUUUUUUUAAAACUGGUUUGAGACCAACGAUCUGGGGAAAAAGAAGGUUCAGACGUCUUCGUAGUUCUUUUCAUCUCUAAUCAAAAAUCUAUGUAUUUCAUGAACAAUCUCACAAGAUAAAUGUGUAUCAUUUGGAAGUUCCGAAAAAGUUAAACAAUACAUUUUUUAAUUUUCUUUUUUUGUGGUAGCCAUAAGAAUCAAUAAAUUUUAACUGGUAAAUUCACAUCCAAAACUGAAAGGUUGAACAGACAGGGACUAUUAAGAAAAUUUGUUUAUACCUGAAAAAAAAAUCAAAUGUUUUAAUCGUGAUAUUUUGUUUGCAGGCGCUAG